AUGGCAGCGGCGGGCCACAGAGUUCCGUAUCUCCUCUCAGGCCGAGGCGCCGCGAUCGACGGCGACUCUGCUGCUGCUGCUGCGUCCUCUGCCGCUUCCUCCCGUUCCUGCGUCCUGAAUAACAUCACCCCGAAGAGCACCGGCCGAUCCCCAUCCAUUAAAGCUGGUAACUGGAAGAGUAGUAAUAAGAGGAGGGAGAGAUCCACUGCCGCUAUUGCCCCAGCUUCCUCCUCUUCCCUCGCCCUCGACCCGACUGUGGCGGAGUUGGAGCGCCUCUUCUCAUCGCCCUCGCACUCCCCCCUGGCCCCCGUCCCCUUAUCCGGAGGGCCCAGCGGCUCCCCGCCAUGCGUCGAACCGUCCAGGGGCCGCCCUCUCCGGGUGGUCUACCAGGGCGUCCGCGGCUCCUACUGCCAGGAGGCCGCCGCCGCGUCCUUUUCCGGCGUCCCCACCACCCGCCUCGCCGCCUUCCCCUGCACCAAAAUGGAGGACGCCUUCGUCGCCCUCGAGGACGGCGACGCCGACCGCGCCGUCGUCCCGGCUGAGAACUCCCUAGACGGGCCCAUCCACCGCAACCUCGACCUCCUCCUCCGCCACCCCCGCGUGGAGGUCACCGGCGAGCUCGUCCUCCCCGUCAACCACUGCCUCCUCGUCCUUCCCGGCACCCCGCUCGCCGCCCUCAACGGCGUCGCCAGCCACCCCCAAGCCCUCGCCCACUGCCGCGGUCGCAUCGCGGAUCUGGGCCUGGAGGCGAUGGGCGUGGUCAACGCCGCCGACGCCGCCCGAGCCCUGGCCGAAGGAGGGGUCGACCCUGGCACGGCGGUCAUCGGUAGCCGCUUUGCCGCCCAGGAGUUCGGCCUGGCUGUCGCGGAGGAGAACCUGCAGGGCCGGACUUUUCUCGGUGGCGGCAACUACACCCGCUUUCUCCAGUUGGCGCUCAGGUCGCAGGGAGACCGCCACCCCGCCGCCGCUGGCCGGAGGAAGGCCACGGUGGCCUUCUCUCUGGAGGAGGGCCCGUCAGCUCUGCACCGGGCCAUGCGGGCCUUCGAGAGCCACGGGCUGACGGUUACCCGGGUCGACCACCGGCCGAACCGCUCGAGCCCUCUCCGGUCGGCAGAGCGGGCCGGAGCGCCGGCGGUCUUCUUCGACUACGUCUUCAUCUUGGACGUGGAGGAUGACGAGCCCGCGGGCGGCGACUCGGGCCUCGACUCGGCCGUCGACCGGCUCCGGGAGACGUGCGGAUUCGUCCGCGUGCUGGGGGCUUACGCGUGCGGCUCGAGCAGCUAG